UUAAGGAUGUAGUUAAUUUGUCGGUUCCCACUUUGAUGUUGCGUUGUCAUGGACCCUAACGGCGUGUUAGCUUCUGGUGAGCUGCUCAAAUGGACCAACUAUAUUCUCGGUUGGCAGGUUCGUUAUUUCAAGCUAGCACGUGAUGGAUACAUUAGCUACAGUCUAUCCAAGGAAGACAGCAUGGGUACAAAAGGGUCUAUCAAAAUCGAUAAAAUGAUUUUGCAGCUUCACAAGCAGUCAGAAGUGAGGUUUGACAUAGUGACCCCGUCAGUAACCUGGUACUUGAGAUCGUACACUCCCCUUGACAGGGACACUUGGACUGGUAUUAUUGAAAAACAGCGGGAAGUGUUGCCCAUGUCAAUAAGUCGGGAGGGAUCAGUUCUGCUCCUUGCACAGUCUUCCUUAGAAGUGUUAUCGGAUCUGAAUAUCAAGCUAGAUGAGCUUAACAGUUUUAAAGACAGUCUAUCUCAACAGUUAUCAGAGAUAAGAUCAACUCUUAAUCAUGAACCCUCAGAAUCCCCCAAGUUGAAACAGAAACUAGCGACAAUCCAGGCUACCGUGUCCGGGAUUGUCGCUACGUCAACCAACUGUAUCGAAAUGUUUAACGAAAGAGAGCAAUAUUGGCAGGAUCAAAUAGCUGUGGAGAAAGAAAAGUCGCAAAAGCUUGAGAUAUUAUACAGUGCAACGAACAGAGAAAACACCGAACUUAUCAAACACAACGCUCCGCAAGGGCCUCAUUUGAACGAAGACGAAUUCUUUGACGCAAUAGAGGAAACACUGGAUAAGAUGGACAACUUAGAAGAGAAACUACAAAAUCUGGAGGUUGAGGUGAAGAAACCAGACACUUCGUCCGAUAAGAAGGAUCACAGAAUGUACAAUCAGAUGCAAGAGCUUAUCAACAAGUAUGUGGAGUUAUCGAAACAAGACCCGGAAGCAGAGCCUUCCUGGCAGUGUCUGUCGAAGAGCGGCGUCACAAAGAUCUACAGAAAAGAGGAAGAGAAGGAUGGUGUUCUACUGGAUUACUUGGUUGCAACCACCACAGUAGAGGGGGUCACCGCUGCAGAGAUGUCGGAGGUGUUUCAUAACGGCAAGUUGAAGCUGGAGUGGGACCACACGAUAGAGGCAGACAAGAAACUGGAAACAUUGGAUGAUUACUGUGCAGUUUAUCAUCAGAUUCUUAAAAGAGUGUGGCCAACAGCUCAAAGAGACUUGGUUUAUGCUUCUCACAAGCAAAGGUUCUUACCCUCUCAGUUAGAUAUACCAGGAGAGCACCCUAGCUGGAUCGUGUGUAAUGUGUCAUGUGACCACCCCUCGGUCCCUGAAGGCACCUCCGGUUACACACGAGCUACAAUAGAAGUGGUCCUGUUUUGUCAGACAGUCUGUGACAAGACGGACCCAACGAGGAAGGAUGUUAGCUGCAAGAUAGUCUACUCUGCAAGUGUAAACCCAGGGGGCUGGGCUCCUGCUUCUGCCGUCAGGGCCAUAUCUCAGCGGGAGUAUCCCAAAUUCCUCAAGAAAAUAGCCACAUUCGCAAUCGAUCACGUCAAGAAAAGGGAGAUUAAAUAUUAGCUCUAUAGAUUGGAUGUUAUGACAUAUUAUUAUGACACUGUGACUUGUUAGGCUUCAUGUACGAUAUUUUAAAUACCGAUAUAAAAUACCCAAAGAUAAUAAAUAAUAUGAUAAUGUUUUGUAAUUACCUGAUAGUUUAUAGCUAGUAAAGUAGACAUUACUUGAUGUUUGUAUUUCUGUUCUCACCCUUUUGAUGUUUUGUGUCUAUUUAUUUUUGUUUAAAUCUAUUCUAUAUAUUUGAUUUUCUCUAUUUAAAAGAGCAGGAUAACACCUCAUAUAA